CAAAGGAACUCUAACAUUCCGUAUAAGCUCGAAAUAACAACCGAUCUAUCCGUUCGAUUCCGCGAACUGCUCAAUUUACAAACAGACUUCCGUCCGAUUCCCAUGUACUCAGCUGGGAGCGUGCGAACCUCGCGGUUUCCGUAAAACGUUGGUUUUACGAUCGUGACCGUGGCACAUUCACAGCAGUCAAUAUUUGCCCCAAUUCCGCGGAAUCCAGAAGCUUUAUACAACACGCCACGGCCAUCGUUAACGGGAGCGUGCAGGAAAUGUGGUACGAGUUUUCGAGACGCGGCCUUCUCUCUUCGACGCGCGCUCCGUAACCGGAAGUGGAUAUCGCGCGUACGUGGCUUAAGAGCAAUAAAGGAGGCCCGACUCGGUGAGCCGCUAAAAGAGAAUGGGGAGAGACAGUCGCGCGGAGACCAAGAACCGCGUCGGAUCAGGCAACGUGAAAUUGUCAAAAAUCACGUGACAACGUGUACCGAGGUGAACGCGCACCGAUUCAAAUUCAGUUUCGACCUGUUACCCUUUUCAUCAUUCCUCGGGACACCGUCGAGGAUUUCCGAUAUCGAUCCCUUCCGCCCUGUUUCGCGCGGUUAAUCGCGGCUCAACUCUCUUCGCGGCAUUGUCUUCGAAAAGGUAACUUGCAAGCCGAUAGUAGGAACGAAAGUAUCGUGGUGAGUUCACGUGCACCGUACGUACUUUUUCCCUUUCGUUCGAAACGGGAAUUGAGAGAACGCGAUAUGGUGGAGGACCACCGCACGAGCUGAUAGAAAGUGCAUCGAGGAAUGCUGAGGGAACGGUACAUCGGUGUGUUCUAGGCGAGUGAUAACGACAAAUGCGCGGACUAUGACGUCAAAUGCAAUUAGGGGUAUUCGGAGGAAAAAGAGUUCGCUGUGCGAGGUAAAGGUGGCUGUGAUUGGAGCACCAGCUGUCGGAAAAAGCGCGCUGACAGUGAGAUUUCUGACAAGGAGAUACAUCGGGGAAUAUGAUCACCAGGCAGAGAACAGAUACAAGCACGAAGUGUUGGUCGAUGGUGAACCCAUCCUUUUCGAAAUUUUGGACACCUGUCCGAAGAGCGAAGAUGAAUUGCCCUCCGCGGAAACCGUACAAUGGGCGGAUGGAUUACUUUUAGUCUAUUCGAUAACCGACAGGGGUUCUUUCAAUUUCGUGAGAAAGGCGAAAGAGACGCUCGCGGUUGUUGAUCCUGAAGCAACAAUGCCUCUCGCUUUGGUAGGAAACAAAGCGGACAUGGUUCACUUAAGGCAAGUUAGCACCGAGGAGGGUGAGAUACUGGCAAAGGAUUUCGAAUGCUGGUUCAGCGAAGUGUCUGCCGCAGAACAGGUCACGCAAGUUGCCGAAUCUUUCCACGAAUUGUGUCGCGAGGUUUUGGCAGCUAGGAGAAGGAACAAGCAGUCUUUAUUGGACAGGAUGCUCGGUAGCAAAGCGACGCGCGCUUAUUCACGAGGUAAAAGUGAUUCUGCGCUUCCAAAAGAUUAGUUCAAACGACUAUUUAUAUAAUCUACUUAUACAUAUUAUACAUACAUACGCACAUGUAUGAAUUUUAUAAACAAAAUGUAUUUCAAAAUGAAUUUGCGAUAAUAUAUUAUGAACAUGUACUUUACAUGUAUACGUAUAUUUGCUAUCGGAAUUGUUAGUGCCAAAGAUUUAUAUUACAUAUUUAAUGUUUGUCGAUUUAUGACGUUAUGUAAAUUAUAUACUAUACGUAAACUUAGAAAUUUAAUAUAAUUUACAUUCUACCAACGUAAUAUGUGAUGUAGGCACAAUUGUUUUUAGAUACUCCCACGUUUUUAUGAAAGAAUUUUUCAUCUCAAUGUCAAUUACUCUGCGCAUAUAUUCAGUACAACGUAUAAAUGUUUUCAAUCAAAACUCUAUCCUAAAUGUAAUGCGAACACAGCUUAGAGAAAACUUGUAAUAGUUAGUCUAUAUUUAUUUUGUACUUACAAUGAAGUUGACAAUAAAUACUCUACUUAUUUAUUA